AUGGAACAUUCCUUGUGUGCGAGGCUUCCUGCGGCGAAGUCAGAGCAUCAAGGUGUUUGUCCCAACAAGUUGAACUCCAACCUGUGGGUGGAUGCGCAGAGCACCUGCGAACGCGAAUGUGAACUUGAUGAGGACUGUGCCGACUUUGAGAAGUGCUGUGUCAACGUGUGCGGCCUGUACAGCUGCGUGGCGGCCCGCUUCGCCGAGGGCUACCUGGGCCAGCCGGACGGCCAGCCAGGCGCGGGCGGCGGCGAUGGGGCGUCGUCCAGGGGCGGAGGAGGAGAGGCGGCGGCCCCCACGUGCCAAGGCUUCAUCUGCAGCCAGCAGGGCUCCACCUGUGACAUAUGGGAGGGCCAGCCCAUCUGCAAGUGCCAGGACCGCUGCGAGAAGGAGCCCAGCUUCACCUGCGCCUCCGACGGGCUCACCUACUUCAACCGCUGCUACAUGGACGCGGAAGCGUGCAUGCGGGGCGUCACGCUGACCGUGGUGACGUGCCGCUACCACCUGUCGGGCCCGCAGACCAGCCCGUUGCCCCAGGACACCACGGCGUUCCCGACGCCCACGGCCUACGCGGAGGACCCCCUGCCGCCCACGCUCUACAGCAACCCCAGUCACCAGGCGGUGUACGUGGGCGGCACGGUGAGCUUCCACUGCGACGUCAUCGGCUCCCCGAGGCCGGACGUGACCUGGGAGAAGCAGUCGGAGCGGCGGGAGCGCAUCGUCAUGCGGCCGGACCAGAUGUACGGCAACGUGGUCAUCACCAACAUCGGGCAGCUGGUGGUCUACAAUGCCCAGGUGUGGGACACGGGCAUCUACACCUGCAUCGCCCGCAACCCGGUGGGCGUGCUGCGAGCCGACUACCCGCUCUCCGUCAUCCGCCGCUCCGAGGACGACUUCCUGGACGACCCCGAGCUCAACAUGCCCAUGGGCAACCCCUUCUCGCCCGCCGACUGCCUGGCCGAGGUGGAGCGCGGGGAGUGCGGCGGCGAGCGGCACGUGGACUGGCACUACGACACCAAGCAGGCCACGUGCCUGGCGUUCAGCCACAACGGCUGCCAGGAGGGCCGCAACCGCUUCGAGACGUACGAGGAGUGCCGCGUGUCGUGCCAGCGCGAGGGCAUGGGCGUCUGCCUGCUGCCCGCCGUCCAGGGCCCGUGCAAGAACUGGGAGGCGCGCUGGGCGUACAACGCCGUGACCAAGCAGUGCCAGGCGUUUGCGUACGGCGGCUGCCAGGGCAACGCCAACAGCUUCCGCACCAAGACCGAGUGCGAGGCCAACUGCCCGCGCUCCAAGAGCCGGCCGUGCAAGACGUGCCGCGUCAAGGGCAAGAUGGUGCCCAGCCUGUGCCGUAGCGACUUCGCCAUCGUGGGCAAGCUCACGGAGCUGAUCGAGGACCUAGACUCGGGCAUCGCCAGGUUCAGCCUGGAGGAGGUGCUGCGGGACGAGAAGAUGGGCCUGGCGUUCUUCAAGACCAGGCACCUGGAGGUGACGCUGGCCAAGGUGGACUGGUCGUGCCCGUGCCCCAACAUGACGCUGGGCGCCGAGGGCGGGGCGCUGCUGGUGAUGGGGGAGGUGCAGGACGGCAUGGCCGUCAUCCAGCCGCACAGCUACGUGCGGCCCGUCUCCGACCGGAGGCUCAAGAAGAUACACGAGGUGCUGCACAAGAACACCUGCCAGAUGCUCAAACGCUUCCAGGACUGA